AUGUAUCUACCUCGCCGGCUGCUGCCGUCCUUUUCUUCCGUGUGUGGGCGCCGCCACCUUCCGGGUGCUGCGGCCCUUGUGGUCGGCGCUGGCCGCCUCCAACCACCCACGCAGUACUCCUCGUCAGCGAAUGAGAGUACCUUCCUGCUCCUGUACGAGUACGUGGAGGACAUGACUGUUCGUCGGACCUCCUAUCGCGCUGCCCACCUGGCCCUUGCUCAAUUUCACAAGGAGCAGGGCAAGGUCGUCAUGGGUGGUGCCUUUGCCGAUGCCGCGGGGGCAGCCUACGUGUUCAAGGUUCCGCGGCGUGAAGAUGUGGAAGAGUUUGUUCGAGCAGAUCCCUACUUCGAGCAUGGCCUGGUGUCUCACUACUCUAUCAAGGAGUGGCAUCUCACCUCCUAA